GGAGCGGCCCCCGGGUCACGUGACGCAGCGCGCUCCUUAUAGCCGCGCGCCGGGCGCGAGAGGGUGCCUGGGUGCGGGAGCGCGCGCUGCGGGUGCGUGUGGGAGCGGCCGGCGUUGAUCUUAUGAAUUCCAAAAUGAAACAGAAGCUGGACGCAGAAAAGUCCUCAGGAUCUUUGCAGAAGUACCUCACAGACACCACAUGCAGUGCUGCCCCAAGACAGACUCUUAAAAUGAUUCAGCCUUCAGCAGCAGGUAGCCUGGUUGGCAGACGUAAUGAGAAGAAGUCUUCAGUCAGAAGGAAACUCUGGAAUAACAAGUUUGCCUCAAAGGCUUGUAAAGCUGAGGUGUCUGUGGACAAGGAGCAAGAGAAUGAGAAUGAUGUUAUUCAGGCUGAAGAUCUCAUGAAAGGAAGUCCUUCAUCUCAGUAUUGGAAAGAAGUGGCUGAAGAAAGGAGGAAAGCUUUGUAUGAAGUGCUUCAAGAAAAUGAAAAGUUGCACAAAGAAAUCGAGCAGAAGGAUGGUGAAAUUGCCCGCCUAAAAGAAGAAAAUGAAGAGCUCCUGUCCCUUGCUGAGCAUGUGCACUAUAUGACCAGUGUGAUUGAGAGGCUAACUGGACAAGCACCUGACAAUCUUGAGACACUGGAGAGUCUGGCUCUAGAGGAAUCCAGACAGGAAAAUGAAGAGCGUAACUGUGGAGAUGAGGCAGACAACCCUUCUGAAGAAGAGCCAUCAGAAGUAUUGUCUGGCUUAAGGGAGAAUAGAUCAGAUGUUCCUUCAGAGGAAGCAAGCCGUUUGCAACUGGAAUGACAACCUUUAAAUAGGUUAUGUAUGUGGCUUUUAAUUGCAGACUUCCUCUUGAAAGGAUAUAUUAAACCUCAGGUAUAGAAACUCUUGUGGGAACAUUACAAAUAUUGGUAUUUUUAACUGGAAUUAUGUAGCAGUGGGAGGAAUAUCUGAAUACUGCAUGGAAGAUUACUACAGGCUGCAUGUAGUUGCUUGUAUGAAACACAAAUACUGUGUAUUUCAACUAUUGUGUAAAUAUCUUUCUUAUCAGUUGUCUGACACAAUACAUGAAAAUUGAUAAAUAAAUCUUUGCAUUACCAAAACAGCCUCUUAAUUGGCAGGGGAAUGGCUAAUCCUAGGUUUAAAUCACUUAUGACUACUGUAGAUGGAAGCUUUCAAGUUUUUUGUUUUACAGAAUUCUGGAGAACAAAGUUGCUUUCUUUUGAUGCAUAGAGGGGAGGGAAAAGCAAAAAUUGUGCUGUUGGUUAGGUUUCAGAAAGUCAAGAUUGGGUAAUAAGAGUCAAUCUAAAGGUCAGAUUUAUGAUUUUCAGAUUUUUUUAAAAUUUCUUCUGCCUUCUAAGAAACCAUUUUGUAAGCUGUGUAAUGAGAGCUUAAGUAGGAAAUAUUAGACCAUUUCUUUUAGCAAUACUUCCAUUGACUUACAGCGAGAAGGUGAUGUGUUCUUAGUCCUGGUAUCAGCUAUGCUGAAAACUAGGUGGAGACAAAGCAGCCUAUACUUCAGAGUUCUUCUGAGAGGAAGCUCAGUGUUUUCAAGGUACUGCUCUUGUAUUUCCCAAGAGGUGAGACACCCUUUUACCAAGGUACUUAGCUCCUGUAAGAUUUGCAGGAAUAGAAAGUGGCCUUUAAAACUUUGAGCACCUCAUCUGGCAUCUGCAUGGGGUGUGCUGGAACAGGAGAGUCAGUGCCUUACAGAUUGUCCAUUACUGAGUGAACUCUGGGCAGUUCUUCUGUACCAAGGUCCUCUAAGGAGAGAGUUGACACUGGUGCCUGUUGCCACAUCUUGGGAGGAGCUUAACGUUGAGUGGCUUUCAGGAGGCAAAAGGGAUUAGAAGGAUUCUGGUUCAUGGAUCUAUCUGGUCAAAGAUCCAUUGCUUCAGGGUAUGUGUGAAUGACUCUGGAGCUAUCAUAUUGGCACCUUUAUAUUCCUUCUGUUUUACUUCCUGUGGCUGUUGAUAAGUUAACAGAUGUUUUACAACUGAUUUCAGUUGUGACAUCCAGGGAAUGUCAGAAACCAUUGUAGGUGGUAAUACUCCUGGCUGCCAUUUUACCUCAAGCAUGCUAACUAGAAAAAGAGGCAUCAUAAUUUCUUGAGAACUUUGUAAACACAAGAUUGUAUCUUCCAGUGUGUGCUCCAGAGGGUGCUUGGACACAUUCCUUUCCAUCACUGAUGAAGAGGUGAUAAAAGUGUAUCCUUUAUCUUGCACUGAUGCUGCCUUGAAGAAAAAAGAAAACUGUGUGCUGGGCAAAUGCUUUGUAGAGCAACCUUGAUUUUCUGUUAAGGAGAAGUGGAUAAUGCUUGUCAAGUGACUCAGACCUCUCCUAUCUCAGAUUCUAAGCAACUUUCUUAAAGUAGUUCAACAUUAGUAAAUAAGAAAACACUUUGUUUUGAUACAAUUAGUUUUUGCAGUUCAAUUUAAGUUACUAAUUGUUAAAUCUAAAUUUUUUAGAGGUGGCUUUAUUUUUAAAUAUCAGGCAUAUUGCAUUUGCAGAGGCUGGAGAAGGGAGGAGGGGACUGUGGCAUAACUAGCACACCAAAAUGAGACAAGUGUACAGCUUUUCCACUGUUUCACUUCCUGCUCUGUGAACUGCUGUUGUUGGAACAGAACUGCCAGAAAGAGACAAAUCUAGAAUUUGUGUUUGGUAUCUGUCUAUGUUUCUUCAGGUUGAUCAAGAAGAAUGCUUAUUAGGUUUAAAUCUUAAUGCUUUUUCUGGAUUGAUUUUAUUUAAAUAAAAGAUGUGAGAGUCCCUUUAUGCUGGAUCAUUCUGUUGAAUUAACUGUGUACAAAUAAAUAAUGGAAGUUCUGCAAGUAGGCUGAUGGGUGUAUUGCAGCAUUUGGCCCAUGUGUAAUAAAAUAAAUUUUUACAUCAAAAAGGCAUGUGCCACUCAGUAAUACAUACUAAUGUUUGUAAGACUACUAUGGUUUUAUUAAGUGCAGUGUGUUAGCAGAGAGGAUAGCUUGCUGAAUAAACUGAAAAAAACUGAUGCAAGAGAAGCCCAGGUGUGAGAGCCAAACUGUGCCAUAGUAAUAAAACCUAUAUACACACUUUGUCACAGGUGCAUUGAACUUGAUCAGACAUUGACUGUGCCUGUUGUAUCAGACAUUAAUGUAUGGAAAUGUUCUCAGCAGUUUUAGGAUGCUGCAAUAAUUGCUCUUUAAAAAUGUUCUGAAAAGAUGGAGUUUAUUGUUCUGAAAAUUCCUGAGUGCUUUUUUUUGAACAUGCAUGCAGUUGCACUGUUCAAUAUAUUAAGUCUAGGAACUUUGUAUUUAUGUGCUAGCAGCUUGUCAAAGGUGUAGAAAUUAUACAGAGAUUUUUUUGUGAUUAACUUUCUUAAAACCAUCUGACAUUUUAAGGAUAUAGGGAAACUCAUUUAUCACUGAAACAUAGCUAUGUAGCAGCUGAAAAUCAACAUCACUAAACACAACCUUUGUAUCCAGCUAAAUGAGAGAGAACAUUCUAUCUAGCACAAUAAAAUUAUUAGUUCUGGAACCUAA